UUGUACCUAUUUAAUAGAAUGGCUGUCGAAAAUAUUGAAAAUAUACCUAAUCUAAAUUUGUUUUCGUUUCAGUAAAAUUUCUUCUUUUAAGUGAAGUAAAAUUUAAGUUCGUUAUAUUUUUAUUUUUUGAAUAAAAAAUUAGAUUGAAAUAGAAAAUGUCCGUACAUAUUGCUAAUACCGUUAGUCAAAAUGGCGAACAGUUUAUACCUGCGUCUCAAAGGCCAGAUGGUACAUGGAGAAAAGCAAGGAGAGUUAAAGAUGGUUAUGUACCCCAAGAAGAAAUUCCAUUAUAUGAAAGUAAAGGCAAACAAUUUAAUAGUAAAAAAGCAAAUUCAGUUAUUUUGGCUUCUGGUAAAAUCACCGAAAGGUCUAUACCUGGACUAUACAUAUUGCAGACGAAUACGAAAAAAAAGCAAAUGAAGAAAACAAGUGAGAUAUUAAUAAAUUUCAAUAGCAGAGUUAAGCUAUAUUUUCUAUACAUACAGGCUGCUGAUUAUGUACAGGGACGUACGGUAAAGACAUCUGGUGUUAAAGAAGAGAUUUUGGAACAUGUUGAAGAAGAUCCAACAACAGGUACGAAACGCCUAGGUUUAGAAUUAGGAGUAU